AAAUUGUAAACAUGGAAAAAAAAACGCGAGAGGAGUAAAAAUUAUUUAGAGGAAGAAAAGGAGAACUUAAUCUCAAUAAUCGAAAAAUAUAAGCAUAUUAUAGAGAAUAAGAAAACGGACAGUGUUUGGUCUAAACAAAAGAAUGCCACAUGGGAAAAAAUAGCGACCGAGUACAACAGUAUUAGCAAAACUGGGAUUCGGAAUGGGAUACAGUUGAAACUGUUGUACGAGGCACUCAAAAAAAGAGUUAAAAAACUCAAAGCUGAUGAUAAGGUUCAGACAUACAUAACAGGAGGUGGUAUGAAGGUACCAGUGAUGACACCUCAAGAUGACAGGAUUGUUGCUAUCAUGGGACCCCAAAUAAUCCCUAUAGAUACUAUGUAUGAUAGCAAUAAUGUGCAUAUGCCUGGGGAGGAUGUUUAUCAAGGUGAUAUAAGUCAAUAUGAAGGUGAUGCUGCUAUGGAUGACAUACCACUUCUAUCACCUCCUGCUAUGGAUAUCCCCAAUGCAAAAGAUUCAUCACAUCAAGGUGAAUCAAUAACAUUUAAAACACCAAAAAGCAAGAGGAAAUGUAUUGAAUGUGAGGAAAUGGGGGACAAGAAGAAGGAAGUGUUGAAAAGAAAAUUAGAAAUAUUAGAUAUUGUAAGGCGUAAGGAAUUAGUAGAAUUAGAAAUAAGACAAGUAGAAUUGGCAAUGAAAAAAGCAGAAGCAGAAUCAAAAAAAAUAGACAUAAGACAAAUCAAUAAAUAA